AUGUACAGAAAGGUAGCUUUCAGCCUGUUGGCUGCCGCCGCCGCCGUUUCGGCCUCGGACGUCACCCAGCUGAAGACGGACACAUUCGACGAGUUCAUUACUUCCAACGACCUUGUCCUGGCAGAGUUCUUCGCACCUUGGUGCGGGCACUGCAAGGCCCUUGCCCCAGAGUACGAGGAGGCUGCUACGACGCUGAAGGAGAAGAACAUCCAGCUCGUCAAGGUAGACUGCACAGAGGAGGCUGACCUCUGCCAAACAUACGGCGUUGAGGGUUACCCCACUCUCAAGGUAUUCAGAGGCAAGGAGAACAUCUCCCCUUACUCUGGUCAGCGCAAGGCGAAUGCCAUCACAUCCUACAUGAUCAAGCAAUCGCUUCCCGCCGUCUCCGAGAUCACUAAGGAGUCUCUUGAGGACUUCAAGAGCACCGACAAGGUCGUUCUCGUCGCCUACCUCGACGCUGCCGACAAGGAUUCCAGCGACGUCUUCAGCGAGACUGCCGAGAAGCUCCGCGACUCGUACCCCUUCGGUUCCACCAGCGACGCCGAGUUGGCUGCGGCCGAGGGCGUCAAGGCUCCUGCUAUCGUUCUCUACAAGACCUUCGACGAGGGCAAGUCCACCUUCACCGAGAAGUUCGACGCUGAGGCCAUUGAAAAGUUCGCCAAGACCGCCAGCACCCCUCUGGUCGGCGAGGUCGGCCCCGAGACUUACUCUGGCUACAUGUCUGCCGGUCUGCCCCUUGCUUACAUUUUCGCUGAGUCCGCCGAGGAGCGCAAGGAGCUCGCUGAUGCCCUCAAGCCUUUGGCUGAGGAGUACCGUGGCAAGAUCAACUUCGCUACCAUUGACGCCAAGCAGUUUGGUGCCCACGCCGGCAACUUGAACUUGCCUACCGACAAGUUCCCUUCGUUCGCCAUCCAGGAGACCGUCAAGAACCAGAAGUUCCCCUUCGACAUCGAGAAGAAGAUUGAGCUCGAGUCGAUCAAGUCUUUCGUUGACGAGUUCGCUGCUGGCAAGGUUGAGCCUAGCAUCAAGUCUGAGCCCAUCCCCGAGACACAGGAGGGUCCUGUCACGGUCGUCGUUGCCAAGUCGUACAACGACAUUGUUCUUGACGACUCCAAGGAUGUCCUGAUUGAGUUCUACGCUCCCUGGUGCGGUCACUGCAAGGCUCUCGCGCCCAAGUAUGAUGACCUCGCUUCCCUGUACGCCAAGAGCGAGUUCAAGGACAAGAUUGUCAUUGCCAAGGUUGACGCUACUGCCAACGAUGUUCCCGACGAGAUCCAGGGUUUCCCUACUAUCAAGCUGUACGCCGCCGGUGCCAAGAGCGAGCCUGUAACCUACAGUGGCUCCCGUACCAUUGAGGACCUCAUCAAGUUCGUCAAGGAGAACGGCAAGUUCAAGGCCGAGGUUGAGGAGAAGGCCGUCGAGGAGACUCCAGUUGCCCCUGCCGCCACGGAGAGCAGCAGCAGCACCAGCACCAGCAGCGAGGCUGCCAAGGAGACUGACCACGACGAGUUGUAA